GAUAUGAGUUGGUGAGGACUUGGGGUGGGGAUGUGGAGGGGUAUGUAAGGAAGGCGGAGGAGAGGGGGUGGGAUAUGGUUGAGGCCUGGAAGAAGACAGAGAACGGUGUUGACGCUUAAGCUUAGGGGAUGGAAGGGGAGAGGGUAAAAAACGAUUUCGGGUUGUGGUAUAUAGAUUGAAGAGGUAAUCAUGCGUUCCGCGGCUCAACCUUCCCAUGAUUCCCCGCACAUGUCGACAGGUGACGAGUCAACCACGUCCACCCUCCGUCUACAAAUCCCAUCCUCUCCCAUCCAUCCAUUCUUCCAUCUUUUCCAUACAACGCCAGGGAUCAAUGAGCUUAACACACACACACCAAUUCGGCCCCGAUCGCGACGCUGAUCCAUCCCCCCAACCUUCCGACCGCACAUCCACUCGCCCCACCUCCAUCGACACCGGCACCCCGCCCAUCAACCCCCGCCGCUUCCACAAACGCACACCAACCGGCCUCAGCAAACGCCGCCCCUCCAUCUCCGCCGCCGAAGACGCCGCCCUCGAAUCCAUCGACAACCUCUGGAAGUCGCUAUCAUUGACGCCAUAUUGGUCCACGAGUCCCGAAUUUCAAAAGGAUUUUAUCAGGCAUGUCGAGACGUCUCUCGCUCAUUCCGCGCUUCUCGGGGUAAGGGGGGUGGAUAUCUGGACAGCUUAUUUCGCGACGAGUUUGGCAUUGCGGGAUCGUUUGAUCCUUCAUUGGAAUAUGACGCAGCAGGCGCAUACGAGGGUUGAUCGGAAGAGGGUUUAUUAUCUCUCUUUGGAGUUUUUGUUGGGGAGGACACUCUCGUCUACACUCACCAACCUCCACCUCCAACCACUCCUCGCCAAAGCACUCGCGGAUUUGGGGUUGGAUCUUGCGCAGCUCGGGGAUGCGGAGCCUGAUGCAGCUCUUGGGAAUGGCGGGCUGGGACGGUUAGCGGCGUGUUUCCUCGAUUCACUCGCGACGCUGAAUUAUCCGGCCUGGGGGUACGGCGUCCGUUACGACUACGGAAUCUUUCGGCAGGAAAUUGGGGGGGAGGGGGAACAAGUCGAGGUUGCGGAGGGUUGGCUGAGUAGUGGAUACCCGUGGGAAGUCCGUCGCGAGGAUGUCCGCGUCCUCGUCCGCUUCGGCGGCUGGGUCGAAGAUGUCGGGGCUGAGGAGCGGGAGAGGGAGGAGAUGUCGAAGGAAGCGAGGAGGUGGGUUGGUGGGGAGGAGGUUUGGGCUGUUGCGUAUGAUGUGCCUAUUCCGGGGUAUGUUCCCACUGAGGGGAACCACCCGAAUCACACGACGAAUAACCUGAGGUUAUGGUCAGCCAAACCCGCGAUCGAAUUCGACUUCCAACGCUUCAACCGCGGCGAAUACGAAGAAUCCGUCCGCGACGCACAACGCGCCGGUACCAUCUCCGCAGUCCUCUACCCAAACGACAACGUCUACGUCGGAAAAGAGCUUCGGCUCAAACAACAAUACUUUUGGAUUCGUGCGUCGCUUUACGACAUCCUCCGCCGGUUCAGGAAGACGGAGAGAGGGUGGGGAGAGUUACCAAGGCAGGUUGCGAUUCAGUUGAAUGAUACGCAUCCGACACUGGCUGUACCGGAGUUGUUGAGGGUACUUGUGGAUGAGGAGGGGAUGGCGUAUGAGGAGGCGUGGCCGCUUGUUGUGGGGGUGUUUGCGCAUACGAAUCAUACUGUAUUACCUGAAGCACUUGAGAGGUGGGAAGUCGGGAUGAUUCAGCGAUUGCUGCCGAGGCAUAUGGAGCUGAUUUAUCUCAUUAAUUGGCACUUUCUCUCGGAUGUGUCGAAGAAGUUCCCGGAUGACCGCGAGUUGCUGGGGAGAGUGAGCAUCAUCGAGGAAGGCCACGUCAAAAUGGUGAGGAUGGCGCAUUUGGCGGUGGUGGGGAGUCAUAAGGUCAAUGGGGUUGCGGAGUUGCAUAGUGAUUUGAUCACGAAGACCAUCUUUAAGGAUUUCGUGAGAGUCUUUGGGAGGGAUAGGUUUUUGAAUGUGACGAAUGGGAUUACGCCGAGGCGGUGGUUGUAUCAGGCGAACCCUGGCCUCACCGCGCUCAUUCAGUCGAAGAUUGGGACAAAGUUUUUGACGGACCUCACUGCGCUUCAUGAACUUGGGCAGUACGCUACAGAUAAGGAGUUUGGGAAGAGGUGGAGGGAGGUGAAGUAUCGGAAUAAACAGCGUCUCGCCGCCCAUGUCCUGGAAGUCUCAGGUAUCGCGCUCAAUUGUGAUGCGUUGUGGGAUGUUCAGGUAAAGCGUAUACAUGAAUACAAACGCCAGACACUGAAUAUCUAUGGUGUCGUAUCUCGGUGGUUGAGGUUACGCGCCAUGUCCCCCGCCGAGAAGAGGAAUGUCGUACCACGCGUCUGCAUUUUUGGUGGAAAGGCUGCGCCGGGGUAUAGGAUGGCGAAACUGAUUAUUAAGUUUAUUAAUGCUGUUGCGAGGGUCGUUAAUGCUGAUCCGGAGGUGGAGGGGUUAUUGCAAGUCGUCUUCGUGCCGGAUUAUAACGUCAGUAAAGCAGAGCUGAUCAUCCCCGCCAACGACAUCUCCGAACACAUCUCCACAGCCGGCACCGAAGCCUCCGGAACCUCGAAUAUGAAGUUCGUCCUCAACGGUGGACUCAUCAUCGGGACGGUCGAUGGCGCGAAUGUCGAGAUUGUUAGGGAGAUUGGGGAAGAAAACAUCUUUUUGUUUGGGAAUUUGGCGGAGGAUGUGGAGGAUCUGAGGUUUGCGCAUCGGUAUGGGAAGGUGAGGAUGGAUCCGGGGUUGGAGGUCGUUGUGAGGGAGAUUGAGAAGGGGACUUUUGGGGAUGGGAGGGAGUUUGGGGAGUUGGUGGAGGCGGUUAGGGGGGAUCGGGAUCAUUAUUUGAUCAGUGAUGAUUUUGGGGCUUGUUCGUCCCUACCCUGCCUGCAUCUUGCGAUGAUGGCUAAUGAUGUGAUGACUAGAUUUGCAUGCCCAGGAUUUGGUGGAUGAGGCUUAUCGCGACCAAGCUGGAUGGACGCAGAAGUGUAUCACCGCAGUCUCGAAGAUGGGAUUUUUCUCCAGUGAUCGUUCGAUACGCGAGUAUGCGGAGAAGAUUUGGGAGGUGGAGCCGGUUGAUGUGAAUGAUGGGGUGGACGACGACUGAGAGUACCAGGUAGAGACGGAACGUGCGAAAUGUUCCUUGUUUGAGAGCCAGAGAAGAAGAGAGUGAGAAGAUGAAGUGGGAGAGGAGAAUUCCAGAGGUUAUAUCACUUAUACCGUCUAUUCCGAGUUUGCUA